CCAUAUCUUUAAUUCUAUCAAUUUGUCCUCGAAUUAGUGUUCUCUUUCAAAAUUUGACUUAUUGAAUAUUGACUUCUGAGUCUCAGUUCGUUUUAGGGACUUCGUUUCUGAAAUUUCUUCUCUACAACUUUGUUUCCCCUCACAGUCCGGCCGAACCCAGCAAUUGAUUGUCCCAAAUUUGGGUGAAGUUCAUCUCACAACACCCACACUCCCGCGCUGCUUCUUCAAGAGGUUGAGAUUUCAAUGGAGCAGAGCACACAGCUGUCUGCUGAGUCCUGUUCCCGUCUCUUGGCCCUUUGGGUGGAGCUUGAUCUAGCGACGGAGACGACGGGGUUCGACGGCGACGACUGGCUUCGACGGAAACAGAGAAACGAGCCAACGAUGAUGAACAGAGGAGGAGGGAUCGACGGUCGUGGAAUCAUGGUCGUGCAGCAGUCAGGGUCUCAGGGUCAGGGGAUGGAAAUAGGCUGGCUUAGAUCGUUGGGGAUUUUUUACGAUGUCUGACGUUUCGUUAUUCGGAAAUCCUAAUCCUUGUUAAUUGUUUGCUUGGCGUUGGCGGCUGAAGAUCCGCGCUUGAAAAUUGCUUUCUCAUUUGGUGUCGGAAUACCGAUCAGCCGGCGGUGUCCGAUCCUGGCAUACCGUCAGCCAAGAAUCCACUUUCGUUUACCAUUUUUUUUUUGUUACUGGUUAACCGGUUAAACCGAUAACCGCAAACCCGUUUAGCAGCCCUACCAGUUAUUGCUUUUGGAACUGUAACGGCCUAAUAGGUAUUGUUAACUCUUCUUUCACUUGAACUAUUACACAACCUGCUGUUUUGAAUAUCUACUAUUGCCAAGUGACAUUUGCAGUCAGCCAUGAUUGCAAGUUAGCUCUAGUAUCUGUGCGACUCCUGUGGUUGAUUUUAGCAGACAUUAAAUAACAAGCUUUUAG